ACUCCUCUACCCAUCCGUCUUCAUCAUCUUUUAUUGUCUUCUCCCUUCCCUCUCUCUCUCUCUCACACAGCCCACCGAACAAGGAUAACCGACGCAGUCCCUCUCGGAGAGCGCGAAAAAAACAAGAUGGCGCCUGUGAAGCGUACAAAUAGAGAGUCGGUAGAGUGAGAAGUAUUUAAGUAAAGUGGACUUGGCAACCGGUGCUUAGCUUGGUAGCCGCUUUCAUUGUAAAGUACACCAUAAGUUUUCUCGUUCUACCAUAAGUUCUUUCGCUUUACUAUAAGUUUACUUCUUGUACCAGCUGCUAAUUGUAAUAGCACAAUGCGGGUCUCCAGUCAAAUAUUGGCAGUCGCUUGUUUUUUGGGAUUAUUAGGCAUUGUCACACCGGCCAAUAAACUGGGCACAGAAUGUCUUGCGAAAUCACCCAACCUUAAUGAGUGUGUGAAGAACGUCGCUCAGGGAGUUUUCAGCAACAUGCAUCUUGGUUUCAAGGAGGUUGGAGUGCCGAUAAUGGAUCCAUUGCAAGUGGUGAAAAUGGACAUAAUCAAUGGACAGGGAUCGGUCGUGUUGAACUUGGAAUUGACCAACACGUCGCACUCCGGACUAUCCAAAGUCAUUGUCGACAGAGUUGUAGCCGACCCGGAGAAAUACUCGUUGGACCUAUACAUCACAGUCCCCAACUACAACAUUGAAGGCCUAUAUAAGGCUAAAGGAAAAAUUAUCGUUCUUCCAAUCCAAGGAGAGGGUGACAGCUAUUUCAAAUUCAUGGGAAUCAAAGCAGUUUGGAAGAUAAAGGGCGAACCAAAGGUGAAGAACGGCAAGACUCACAUGAAAAUCACAAAGUUCGACGUGGAAAUCGUUCCCAAGGAUUUGAAAAUGCGACUGGAAAAUCUCUUUAAUGGGAACAAAGAAUUAGGUAACACUAGAGAUUCGCCCUAGGUAGAAGUAGGCUUCAAAAAAUCCAAUAAUUAUUGUCCAAAGCUGAAAUGAAAUAGGGCUAAAAGUUGACAUUUGCAAAUGUAAUGGCUCUCAUGAGCCAUAUGUUUUGCAUUUAUCAAAUAUGUUCAUUGCUUUUUACUGGAUCAUAAUCUAAUAACCGUUAAUGUUUAUUUUGCAACUGAUUGAUUGUUGGAAAAAUGAACGAACAGCCCAAG